AUGGGUCACUACGUCACUAUCGCAACUUGUAACUUGAAUCAAUGGGCUCUUGAUUUUGAAGGUAAUAGGGACCGGAUCCUUGAAAGUAUUAGGCAAGCUAAGAAUCAAGGAGCCAAGCUUAGGGUGGGUCCCGAGUUGGAAGUGUGCGGAUACGGAUGCUUGGAUCAUUUCUCUGAAAACGAUCUAUACGACCAUUCGUGGCAGAUGUAUUCUGAGAUUUUGAGCCACCAUGAUACUUCUGACAUUAUCUUGGAUAUUGGAAUGCCCAUAAUCCACAAGUCUAUCAAGUACAACUGUCGAAUCUUAUCUUACAAUCAACGGAUCUUGUUGAUUAGACCAAAGUUGUACUUAGCAAAUGAUGGAAAUUAUAGGGAAAUGCGCUACUUUACUCCCUGGAACAGACCAAAGUAUCAUGAAAUUUUUCCUCUUCCGAAGAGAAUUCAAAAGUUGACUGGUCAGUCCUCUGUAGUCAUCGGUGACUGUGUCUUGGCAACCUUAGAAACCAAGCUUGGUGCCGAAACAUGUGAAGAAUUGUUUACUCCUCAAUCGCCUCAUAUUUCAAUGGCUUUAGAUGGAGUGGAAAUUAUCACCAAUUCUUCUGGUUCUCAUCAUGAACUCAGAAAGUUAGAUACGAGGUUGGAAUUAAUCACCGAGGCAACCAAGAAGUGUGGAGGCGUUUAUCUCUAUGCUAACCAGAAGGGUUGUGAUGGAGAUCGUUUGUACUAUGAUGGAUGUGCUUGUAUUAUAGUUAACGGAAAAAUGGUUGCCCAAGGAUCUCAAUUUUCCCUUUCUGAUGUUGAGGUGGUUCUGGCCACAAUAAACUUGGAUGAUGUUCGAGCCUACCGUAACCAGAAGUCUGCUGCCCUUCAGUCCGUCAAUGAGACAACGCCAUACCACACCAUUGAUACUGAAAUUGAGUUGUCUCCACCAUCAUAUGAUCUUGACCCGAACAUUAGACCAACAAAACCGUUGAAGAAGAUUCGAUACCAUUCACCCGAAGAAGAGAUUGCUUUAGGACCGGCAUGUUGGUUAUGGGAUUAUUUGCGUAGGUCGAAAACGGGUGGGUUCUUUUUGCCAUUGAGUGGAGGUAUCGAUUCCUGUGCCACCGCAGUAAUAGUCCAUUCCAUGUGCCGACUUGUGGUUCAAGCAAUUGAAGAUGGGAAUGAACAGGUACUAUUGGACAUUCGUUCUUUAACCAAGGAACCAGAAUUUUUUCCGAAAUCACCACAAGAAAUUGCGCAUAGGUUAUUUUACUCUUCGUUUAUGGGCACCGUUAAUUCAUCAAGAGAAACUCGCGCUCGAGCUAAGACGUUGUCAUCAAAAAUUGGAUCCUACCAUAUUGACAUGAAUAUGGACACUUUAGUUGAUGCGGUGAUAAAUGUUUUUGAGGUUGCAACGGGAAAGAAGCCGAUUUUCAAGAUAUUUGGUGGCACACAAACCGAGAAUCUUGCUUUGCAGAAUAUUCAAGCACGUUUGCGAAUGGUGUUGAGUUAUCUUUUCGCUCAGUUAUUGCCUUGGAGUCGUAAUAGGGAGGGCGGCUUACUUGUUUUGGGGAGUGCAAACGUGGAUGAGUGUUUGAGAGGAUACCUAACAAAGUAUGACUGCUCUAGUGCCGAUAUCAAUCCAAUUGGAGGUAUUUCGAAGACAGACCUCAAAGCAUUUAUUAAAUGGGCAGAACAGGAGUUUGAUUUGCCUAUCUUGAGAGAAUUCUUGGAUGCGACUCCUACGGCGGAGUUAGAACCUAUCACCGAAAAUUACGUUCAAUCUGAUGAGGUAGACAUGGGGAUGACUUACGAAGAACUAUCGAGCUUCGGACGCUUGAGAAAGGUUGAAAAGUGUGGUCCCGAAGCAAUGUUUAUGAAACUUUACCAUGAAUGGUCCCAACCACCUUACAAUUAUAGUGUUGAUCUCAUCGCUGAAAAGGUGAAGCGCUUUUGGUUUUUCUAUGCAAUUAACAGGCAUAAAAUGACGACAAUGACCCCAGCCUAUCAUGCAGAGCAAUAUUCUCCAGACGACAACAGAUUCGAUUUGAGACCGUUCUUAAUUAACCCACGAUUCCCUGUCGCCAGCAAGAAUAUUGAUGAAUAUGUCAAGAAGAUUAACGAGCGCAACGACGCCCUUAAAUCCGGUGACUUAGAAAUCGAUUAG